UAACACUAAUUCUUCCUCUCCAAACGUCUGGAAUUACAUGCUUCUCCAUGGCCAGCAGGCAGAAAAAAGAAGGUUUCAAGAUUUCCAAUAAGGCAGUCAUGUUGAAACCGGAGAGCGAACCGGAAGCGGAAAUAGACAUCCCAGCUGGAACUUUCAAAUCUUGCCAGCUAUUGGUCAAGUUUGUGGACACGGCGGAGAUAAUCAAAGAAUACGAACAGGAUGAAAAUCAUGAAGAAAACCCCAGUGAUAAUAAGUCCGUCUUGAUGACAAACAUCCUUGACAUUUCAACAAGUGACCAACAACAGCCUAAUAAAGAAGUAGAAAUGAAGAUACCGGUCACCGCAAAAUCCAAAUCAGAAGGCAUCGUUAUUUUAAUGACAUCAAAUCCUGAUCCGAAUCUCCUGAAGUGGCAGUGGGAGGAAAUCCCAGCACACAUUGAUACAGAUGGAAAGGCUGUGUUUAAAAUCAGGCACUUUUCGAGCAUUGUAGGGAUUUCCAGGCCCUUAUACGAAGCCAAUCCUGAGGCCGCAACGGAUAUGAUCAGGGAUGCCUCUGACAAAAAGCGCAAAGUGGAGAUUGUAGUGGCAGUAAAAAUACCGGAAUUGGACGAAAAGAAAACAAAUAUGAUCAUUAUAUGUGGAACUAAACAUGCAAUAAAGUCAGAAAAGAAAACGUAUAGCAAGUCGUACCACUGCUUCAGCCUCGGACCAGAUUUACCUUUUGUUCCAGAGGGGCAACGCUUUAAGUUUGUAAUUCAAGGCAACUUUAAAGAACAAAGCGAUGAUUACAACAUCGACCUAAUAUUCAAGGGCAGUCAAGUGAGCUCAAGAGCCCUAGAAAUCGUCAGUACUUCAGAAAACCCUCUGGAUUUAUCUGGAACUGUAGACAUAUACGAGGGAAGCAGUGACCCAGUAGCGCAUGACCAGGUACCGGUGGUCGAGGCUAAGUGUUGCUGUUACAACUCAGGUACUAAAAAGACGAGUGUAAAGCCGGAUGUAGACAAAAUCGAGCAGACACCGCGAACAAUAGCAUUCAAAGCAACACUUACUAAACGAGACCUGGAGAGUUCCAUGCGAUCACAACCUUCAAGAUUGGAGGAACUAAGGAAAGCGGUUGAUAUCGAUCUUUCGCCCGAGGAGACUAGACAAUUGGCUGUCCAGAUUGGAAUCGAUGUCAAGAUAUUACAAAACUCAUUGGACGGCACGGUAGAGGAAGGUGAUCAACUCAUGGCUGUACUAAAUCAAUGGCUCAUAAGUCUGGCCAAAAACAAUAUGGUGAGUCAAUUGAAGGAGGCCUUGGCUGCAAUUGGACGACAAGACCUUAUAAAGGACCAAUCAUGAAAAACGUGUGUAACACUUGUUGUGUGCCAUGUAGACUCAUACACAAGUUCAAACUUGAGUGACGCAUUCAUAAUGGCCUCGUGUAUACCAGGAUGUUAUGCUGAUUUUCAAACUGAAUUUAUCUCUUGUCUUAAUCGGGCGCAAAUGGUCUUGCAAAUACAAUGUUUGUUCCUAUAUAACAACAAGUAUUGGAUUUAUAUAUGACGGUUCAGUGACUACAUUCUGUCACUUUCAUCAGACAAAUGACCACUGAAGUUUGUGCACACAAAAGUGUAGAAGAUAAAUAUUCUUCUUUUCAAAACAGUUCAAAACAUAGUGUAUACCAAGUGAAAAAGUGCAAAAAAAA